GUUAAAUAGGCAACGUAGUUUUCUUAUUUAAACAUCGGUCUCACACAUUAUUUUUUCCAUCUUUCCCUCUACUCUUUUCUCCAUACCAAAGAGUUUUAUAAUCCAUUUUUUUGGAUAUCCUUCAUUGUGUGUUCAGAAAUGGUGAUGGUGGAUGAUAUCUCCUUUCCUCCACAUAUCACAACUACCAAGCCUUUAUCUUUGCUUGGAUAUGGACUUACCGACAUCGAGAUACACUUUCUGCAAAUUAAAUUCACCGCUAUCGGAGUUUACAUUGAUCCUGAGAUCGUCGCUCAUUUGCAAAAAUGGAAAGGCAAAUCUGGAUCAGAGUUGGCCGGAGAUGACGAUUUCUUCGAUUCUGUUAUUUCAGCACCUGUUGAUAAGUACUUGAGAAUUGUGGUGAUCAAGGAGAUCAAGGGAUCACAGUACGGAGUACAACUGGAGAGUGCAGUGAGGGACCGAUUAGCGGCUGAUGACAAGUACGAAGAGGAAGAAGAGGAAGCCCUGAACCAAAUUGUUGAGUUUCUGCAGUUGAAAUACUUCAAAAAAGAUUCGGUGCUUACUUUUAGCUUUCCGGCGACAUCAAACACUGCUGAGAUUGGGUUCUCGAGUGAAGGAAAGGAAGAACCGAAGACGAUGAAGGUGGAGAACGGGAAUGUAGUGGAGAUGAUGAAGAAAUGGUACCUGGGUGGCACCACGGCGUACUCUCCUUCGACCAUUUUAUCUUUGGCAAACGCUUUAUCUUUGGAGUUGUCUAAAUAAAUUAAAUUUGGAUCAUCGUCUUCUUCUCUGUGUGUGUAUCCAAAUCUGGUUGAAUUGUGUCUUCGGGCUGUGAUCUUCUUGUCUUUUGAUAAUCCAGAAUAAUAAUAUAGUUCCAAAUCAAGGUUGAUUUGGGUUUAUUUA